UCGGAGAAUCGAUGACAACAUAGAAAAAAAAUUAUUAUUGCAAGAAAAAUAUUGUUUUUCAAAAAUUCCAUUACAAAUUACGUUUCAAAUUGAUUUAUACAAAGAAAGAAAGAAAAUUUAGAAUAUAAAAAUUCACAAUUUUAGGAAAUUAUUUAAAAUAUUUAAUGGCUAGUGCAACAGAAAAUACAAAAGAAGAAAGAUGGAAAAGGGCGGUAAUUGGCCCACUUCCAACGGAUUUUCUUCGAAUACAUACAGCCAGAGAAAUUCAAGAAGCUGCAGAUUGUCAAGCAGCUAUGGCACUCUAUCAACAACAACAGGUUGCUCCCUAUAUGGCACCAAAUAUUGUUGGAAGAUUGAGUAUUACAGUUGCUCAAGCCAAAUUAGUACGUAAUUAUGGUUUAACUAGAAUGGAUCCAUAUGUAAGGGUUAGAGUUGGUCAUUUUGUAUAUGAAACACAAACAGAUCCAAAUGGUGGUAAAACACCAAGAUGGAAUCGUGUUAUACAAACUCAAUUACCAGCUGGUGUACAUUCCAUUUCAAUUGAAAUAUAUGAUGAAUGUAGUUUUAAAAUGGAUGAAUUAAUAGCAUGGACAGAAAUAAAAAUUCCUGAAAAUGUUUUACGUGGUGAAACACAUGAAGAAUGGUAUCCAUUAAGUGGUAAACAAGGUGAUGGUAUUGAAGGACAAGUAGAUUUAGUAUUGAGUUUUAGUGCUCAAUCAAUACAUCCAUAUAUGUAUCAAGCUCCAGCUGUUUUACCUGUAGCUAUGGUACCAAAUGUAGCUGGUAGACCAAUGCCUGUAUUUGUAGCACCACAACAACCGCAAGUGGCACCUCCAGUUACAAUUGCACCAGUUAAAAUAAAUGAAGAAGAUAUGAAACAAGUUCAAGAAAUGUUCCCGAAUAUUGAUAAAGAAGUUGUAAAGUCUGUUUUUGAAGCGAAUCGUGGUAACAAAGAUACAACUAUAAAUUCAUUGCUCCAAAUGACUGAUUAGAUAAUUCGAUAAUAUUUAAACCUAAAAUAACUUUGAACCAAAAAAAGAAACAAAAAGAAAAACGAAAUUCAAAAUGAAAAAACUACGUUUUAGAAAUUGAAAACAAAAAUGAAUAUUAUAAUUAUUAUAAUAUAAAACAGAAAUAUUUGGUCAAAAAAAUUUUUUUUUUCAUUUUUUACACUUUUUCAUAUUUAAAAAUUAACCAAUGCAAAAUCUUCCAAAAAACAAAAAUUUAAAAACGAAAAUAAAAAAAAAAAAAAAAAUAAAUUGAAAUAAACAUUUAACGCAUUGAAACACACACCUAACGCAUCAUUAUAACCACAUUAACUUAAGCAACAAAGCCAAGAGGGAACAGGAAUGAAAUUAAGCCAGAAUAAGCUGAAAAUAAAUACUUAAUUAACUAUGAAAAUAAAAAUUCAUAUAAAAAAAUAUAAGCUUUUAAUUUUCAAAUACAGACUAUGUAUAUUUUUCUUAUUGUUUUUUCUUAUUUUUGUAUAAAUGGUAAAAAAAAAAUCAUAUUUUUAAAUUUAAAAAUAUACCUGUAAUUAGGCCAUAAUAAAAUAUAUUUAAAUUAUAAUAUAUUAAUUUUUAUGUGUAUUAAAAAAUUGAAAAAAAAAAAAAAAAAGAAAAAAAGUCUAGUAAUAUA